CCCGCCGCCCUUUUCCCGGCGCAGGAUGGUUCCGGGCCAGAUGCGCGCCGGCGAGGAGCGGCUGAAGCCUGGCCAGAGGAGGUCGGAGGAGCUCCUCCCGCCCCCUGCGCCUCAGCCUCGUCUCACAGGCAACGGGGAGGCUGCAGCACUGGAGGCCAUGCCCGGCCGCCCCCGCUUGGCUUGUCCCUACUACCGGGCUGCGGUUCCGCUUACAGCGAAGGCGCUCGCGGGUUCGAACAGAGACAAAGAUAAAUCCAUGAGUAUCCCUAGACUACACACCUGGUCCAGAACGACCCCAUCCAGAACAGGCUUUUCUCUCUCUGACUGUCAACUUGGCAAAUGGAAGAGGAAUGGAACCACACAGAAUGUCUUGACAAGCCAGCAGGACCAGCUCAUCUACCCUGCGAGUCUCCUCUUGGCGGGUAUCUGGAACUCAGCUGUGGUCUGUGGGUGUCAACGUCUGGAUGGCACAGCCCUCAACCUGAGCCAGCAAGGCCCUUUUCAAGGUCUUAAGUACAUAUUCUGCAUCACUUAACAUGGUCCACUUAUGCCUUAAGUAGACAAUGUCAAAGAAUUCUGAGCAAACACUUCUUUUUACAUUUUAAUUCAUGGGUGGCCUGUGGAGUUCUAGAGAAUGCAAAGUCAGCAUGUACACUGUGACUCCUAAAUGAACAAAUGGGGAGGAUGGGGCACAUCUGGAAGGCAGGCGAGAGGCCUCCUCAAGGGCUAGCACUGCCUAGGUGAGCUAAGGCCUCACAGGCACCCCACUCAGACCCCCACCCCACAGCCCACCCUCUCGGCAUUUGGACUUGGCUUCCCUGCCAGAACAACCUCGUGCAUCAACUGCCAUGGCCAUUCCACCCCACCCCGCGCUGGACCAUGCCUCCAGCCUAGCCUUGUUACUUCACUGCGCUCCCACUCCCUCGCCACAAAUAAAUCAAGCAGCAAAGCAAGCCAUGUUGGGAUAGAAUCCAGAUGUUGCUGGCCACAGGCAGCUGUGCCAUUUCCUUUUUUGGAGAAGAGUACCGCUACGAGGGGGAUCCCAGGGGCCCAGAGGUAGCAGAAGCCUGGUAGCUAAUCAGUGGAAGGGAGGAGGGCUGAGCUGGGCACACAACCACACGCACACACCCAAGUGCAGAAACGAUAUAGAGGAAGCCACUUUCAGGACGGACUCUUGGAAAAGUGUUUUGCGAUCACAGAAAAAGGAACUGCCAGAGAGAAUGCAAAAUGCUAUAACAAGGAACCAACCAUUGGCCAGUUGCAGGAGGUUUCAGGAGGGAAGGGUCCUCCGUUUACAGGAGCCCCCUCCCUAUGGAUGAAGUCAGAGGCUGCAGGCAGACAUGGAUACCAAGACACAGCCGCGGUGGUAGGGUUCCUUUCUUCCGUUCUGACAGACACAAGAGGUAGACGGGGGCUCAUUUCCCUUCCAAGUAGCAAAAUGCAGUAUAAGGCAAAGUUUAAGCACUCUUUGUAUGCUCUGAAAGCCACAAAUGGGUGGCAGGUUGGGAAGGUCUUUUCAGAAUCUGGGAAACAGCCUGUUGAGAAACUUAACUGCAAAUUCCAGACAGGACAAAGGCAACAUGACCCAUUCCUCCCCCAAGUUACAAAUGAAAGACAUCCAUGGUCCAGUAACAUGAUUUAUUAUAUAAAGCCAGCAAGGGGUGCGUGCGCACACUGGCCAGAGAUGGAAACAGCUCUCAAGAGUACCCCACACCAACUGGCAGAGAUAAACACACACGGGGGGGGGGAGACUGACUCCCCCACAGCAAAGUAUCUGAGGAACUGGCUACAUGAGCUCAUGAAAAGGCAGAUGCAUAACAUUCCUCCAGCGGAAGGGGGGAGGGCAGAAGGGAAGUUCAGUACAGAGAAAAGAAAGCCGGGAAGGGGAGGGCCAGUUUUGUCUUGCUAUGGAGAUCCUGCCAGGCAGAGCAGGAAGUGCAACUGCCAGGGCUGGAGGGGCUACACAGUCACUGUGGGUGGCAAGAGUGUCAACGCCUGCUCCCCAACGGGGCCCAGCGGACCCUGUGUCCGCCCUGCAGGACGGAACAGCGGCUGGAGCCAAGGCCUGCUCCUCUGCCCAUAUCUGCUCUCGCCACUGCAGAGGCCGCUUGGGGAACAAGAGAGGCUUGCCAAGGACCUUCUGGGUUGGGAGCACUUUUGCCAGCCGCAGGGAGGGAUGGGGUUGGUUGGGCAGAAGUUGGAGGGCAAAGCCGCUUCCUUCCUCCGUGGCUGGCAGGGGCAGCAUGGGGCCAUGGCCUCUGUCACGUCAAACGGAGGGAGAGACGGAUGGCUGCAGCUCUGGCAGCAGUGGCGGACAGGGACCCUUCUCCAAAGCUGCAUGGGAAGGGGGCACCUGGUGGGGGUGGGCCACCCUCACUGUAGACAUACAUGUACCUCCCUCUCCCAUGCUGGGGUGAGCUUCUGCAGAAACAGCUUUGCUGGCCUGCAGGAGGGAGAGGCGAAGGAGAGGGAGGGGGCCCCCACCUCCCAGCAAAACCUCCGGCGGACAAAGUGACAGGGAAGUGCACCCGCAUUCAAGCCUGAGACCUGGCCGGGGGGGGGGGGGAGGGGAUCAUUCUUCCCUGCUGCUUCUGGGGGGGGCUUGGACAUGCAGGAUGCCUG